AUGACUUCCUUGGUGGAAUCGGAAGCACACUUUGUGCAACGCGCAGCUGAGGUGAGACUUUCAGACGCUUCGGUGCAAGCUUUGAGGCAGCACGGAUUCAGGACCUUGGGGCAGAUCGCUUACACAGUGGGGCAACCAGGCCAGCUGAUACCCGAGGCUGAGUUCACCGAUUGGUGUCGCAAUCAUGUGCCAGCAGCAUCGGCUGCAGAUCUUGCAUCGUUGAAGCGGUUAUUGUUUGAGGCACAAACACUGGCUCUCACCCAGCUUCGAGCCCAGGUUACCGAACCCGACUCCGCCAAUAAGCGGGUUCCAGAAGCUGAGCGUGAGCGCCGGCUUCAGCAGUUGAGGGAUGAGUUGAGCGGUCUGAACAUUGAAGGGCCGUUGGAGCCGGGGCGGAAGCUCUUGGACGAAUGCUCGCAUCAAGAGGCGGUCGGCCAGUUGAAAUACCUUUCGCCUGACAAAUGUGUCAGUCGCCUGCAUGAGGUCACGCGUGCCAAGGAUUCAUCUCGUCAGGUGGAAAUCGACCAGAGCCGCCUCAUCAUCAAAGAGGCACAGGACGAAUUCUCCAUGCCUGCUUCUUCGGCGCUUCAGGUACAGGAGGCGCUACGGCGUCGGGGACUAGCUUACACAUUCGCUCAAGCCAUUGUAGAAGCUGAUAGGCUGGUCUUCACCCGUCUCAUCGAGCUUAACAUCAAACCCAAGCAAGAACCCAGCGGUCUGCGGCCCUUGGACGAGGCUCUGCAUGCAGCGCUUGAGUCUUACCAGGUCAGUUUUGCUUUGAUGCAUUUGCCUAGCAAGGGUGGCAAUAAUCCACGCCGGCCUUGGAAGCGGCAGCGGGCGGCUGCCCAUGGUAGCACCACGGGUGAUGCCCACCUCUUCCAGGGGCUUGAUCCAGUCAAGCUUGAUCCCGUCCUCUUCUCAGGAUUGCGUGAAGAGUUUGGCCGGCAGGCGAACAUCCUGGAGGCCAUUCCUGGACCUCGGGCGCAUACGUCCGUGGUGGCAACCUGGGCGGCUCAGUUUUGGGAUCGAACAUACACUUGGGAUGCAGCCGCAAAGCUGGCAGAUGGUUUUGUGCCACGCCGCUUCUUCGUCGCCUCGAAAUUCCCGGCCCUUGUCUCCGAACACCAGCAAGUCCUGCUUGUGCGCGGUCAGUUCCACUGGCCGGUGGCUCGUAUGGAGCGUUUGAAGUCGGACUUUCAAUUGCCACCUCACCUUGACUGUGCCUUGCGUGUGCUCCCCGCUGGUGCUCAACUUCUGAGGAUUACUCGGACGGUUAAGAAGGGGGUAGGUUCUGGGUUUUCGGGCGAGGAAUGGGUCUCUGCUUGGGGUGUUCCGAGGGACCCUCAAGAGUUUGUGGCAGCGGCAAUCAGGGCCGGGCACCCUUGCAAGUGGGAAGCUGCUCUCCCGCAGGUCCUGCAGAACGCCAUCCAGAGGAACGCGUCUUCGUCAUCCGAGCAAUUGGCUCGAGACCGAGCGAUCUUUUUCAAGACGUGGCUGUCAAGGGCAAAGGAGCUAGAAAGCGAGGAAGCUUCCUUCAAAGCAUCUUUAGCCCCACAUGUUUCCAGCAUUUUGGCACCGAAACGUUUGCUCUUGUUCAAGGAACUCCUCUCCGCUUAUGAGUGUCCGGAUCCAGAAGUUUUCGAUGAGAUCACGCAUGGCAUCCGGCUCACAGGCCAGACGCCACACACCGGAAUCUUCCCGCCGGCAUUUAAGCCUUCUGCUCGGCAAGCUGAUGACCUUGAACAAUGGGCCCCUGGAGCUCGAUCCAGAGUUCUGGAGUGCAUCAAGCCGCAAGGCGAUGUGGAUGCCGUGGUACAUGAGAAGACAGUGGAAGAGCGGGAAAAGGGGUUUGGGCUGAGGCAAGGGGAGAAGAUUAGGUUAGUGGAUGACUUGAGCUUCAGCGGGGUUAAUGAAUUGGUGUGCCACUCCAAGGUCGUCCGUAUGAUUUGCGAUCUGCCUAUAGGUCCAUCGAGCUUGAUCAACUGCUUGCACUCCCGUUUGAGCUUCGAGGAUCGCCGAGCUAACUUCGAUAAUUUCUACUUUGUUAGCGUCGCAAAAACUUACAAGGGCGGAAGCCCAACGGUGACCGAUGGAGACUUGUGGGAUUCACUGCUUCGCUUCCACAAUUGCUUGCAGGAGAGCAGGCCACAUGUGGUCACAGCCAACCAUCAGGACCUACAGGCGAGCAUUGCACCAAGAGACACGCCAGCAAAGUAUGCUUGGACCUUAGCUGUCGUUCGUGGUGUUGCCAGCUCAUUGCCAACAGGGACUGUAGCGCAAGGGAUCACCUGCUCACUUUCGUCUGCGAUAUGUUGCUAUGUGGACCAUACUUUGCAGCUGCAGUCUUUCCUUCAGCCUGUUUUUAGGGCAGAGCCGAGCAUGUCGGCCCCCGGCGGUGCGGAACCGAAGCCCAAGCGGGAGAAGCCACGCUCGCACUUCAGAGCUGAUGGGACUCGCCGACGCACCUCUGGCGAGAAGCAGGCCCGCAAGGACUGGUGGCAAGAGCAUAAUGCUGGCACGGUUGCUGGGUGGAAUCGGCGAAACCAGCCUGCUGCCACUGCUGCCACAGCUGCUGCACAAAGCUCCACACAGAGGCGGGACCGAUGGGCACCAGCUCGGGACACAGGUACUGCUGCUUCGGCUCCACCUGAUGGAGACGCCGGUUGGGGAGCCAAUCUGGGUCGCACAAGGUCUGAAGAGGACCCCAGGCAAGAUGGCCCAACAGCUCAGCGUGGCACGGGAAGGCAUGAGCCAGAGCAGUCGGCCGAAGCCUCCGCCUCGGACACCAAAAGGCCCAGCCAGGCGAGCACUACGAUGGCUGCACAGGACAGACGUACCCUCUUGUUGCGGCUUCCGGAUGGCAUUGGGAUUCCGCAGCUCGCCGCUCAGCUGGAUGACAUCAAGAAGGAAUCUGGGCUUUUGCAGGUCCUUCUCUCCGCCCGCCCCUCCAAGGAGGGGCGGUGGACGCUCCUAUUGGAUGGCACACUGCAGCAACAGGACCGUGCCAAGGCCAUCGUGCAGGUCAUCAUGGAGAGGGCGCAAAAUGAGUCAAGGAUGGCACCACCAGGCAAACGUCCCCCACCCAAUGUACCGACAGAGGCGAAUGCUGCUGGACCAGCUGGACUUGAUUCUCUCCCGCUACUGCACUUGCCACCGCAUCCGAGUGCUGCCGCUGAAGCGUUGGACCCUGAACCGACUGGAGUCCCAGUGAUGCAGGUGGCCCCAACAGAGAGGGACAAGGCCUCAGGGAGUGCCGAUCCACCGGUCCCCGAUGUAGCCCAGGUUGCUAGUGUACAGGCACAGCCAUUGCAGAGUGUGGCCGAGACUGCCGAGCAGGGUUCCGACAGUGCUGCAUACAUGCUUGCAUCUCUUGCACUUCCUGUCUGGUUCACCAUGGAUAUCCGGAACAGGAGCAAGGCCAACCCGGGCUCCACAUUGGACGUCGGUUCUGCACGGCUGGACACAGGCUGUGGAUGGCCGAACACACAGGCCAACUUUACGGCUAAUGUUCAGCAGCUUGUGGCACCCUGGAACUUGGACUCCACAUCGCCGUCGUGGUUCACAGACAGCAGUGAUAUAUCCUCCAGCACCACAAGCUCGAUGGAAGAGGUAUCGGUCGCUGCACCAAGCUCCACUGAGCUCGAAGCCAAAGCUUUUGGCACCUGCCUGGCUCAGGGGAUGGCAGCUGGAACGCUCGACGACUCAAGCGAGGACCUGGGAAGGGUGGACACCGAUGAUGAUAAGGACACAGCUGGGCCUCCCUCCUCCGAGGCACCCGUGGCGAACCCUGGAGACAUGCCUGCAACAACUGGGUCAGUGGGGAGAGUGGUCUCCCGCGGCCCACAGAUAUGCGGCAAGGUGGCACCGAAGAUGCUCGUCCGAGCAGGUUGGAGAUGCGCCAGAUGCUACAAGAUCAAGAGCCAAUGUGAGCUCACUGGAUGCUGGAAUUUCAGGCCUGGCUCAGUACAGCUGAAGCACUGCGAUUUGACCUUAUUCUCCUUCAGGCUGGGCCCCUCCGAAGCUAUACAGUGCAAGACGUACUUGAAGGGCGGGGACUUCAAUGCAGAGGUUAGUGAACUCACACCACAUGUUGGCAGAGCUCUCCUGAAGAAGCGGGGGCAUGACGGAGACAAGGCCACCAACCUUACAAGUGGGGCCCUUAGCCAGAUAGACUUCGUUGCCGUUCGUGUACAAUGGGCAGAUCGACUGGCUAAGCAGAGCGCCUCCAUCAAACUGGUGUCACCUUGGCACCUGAUUCGGCAGCCGAAGCCAGCCGGUGCACUGAUUGACAAAGUUGCACACGACCUGUCUCAAAUCCCAGACGCAUUGAGCCCUGGUGAGCUUACAGUCAAGGUAGACAGUAUCCUGAUUCGAAGAGCUGAACAGAUGUCGUAUCGGUCCAUAGGCAGAUGCAAUAGGCAAAACAUCCUUCGAAAAUGGCGGUUGUGGACCCAGUUUAAGCGAGCAUCCAAACAGCUGCGGGACCGAGCCAAGACGAUCAAACGACAGAAGAUCCAAGACAUUAUGUGUGAACUGGAGCUGGCGGCCAAGCGAGGGGACCAAGGAAGCACCUAUGCUGCCGUUCGCAGACUGGCCCCCUGGAAGCCAGUGGCAAAGCCCAGCAUCCGUGGGCCGUCAGGCGAGCUCCUCACGCCAACACUCCAGUUACAGGCUCUUACGGUGCACGCCCAGGACAAAUUCUGCAAGGGCACUGACUACCGACCGACAGGUGUGCUCCUGGAGGGUCUCGCCAUCACGAGUGAUCAACUUCAGUCUGCCCUUAGCAGGUUGCCGAUUCGGAAGGCAGCGCCGCCGGGAGCGGCACCGUCUGCUUUAUGGAAAAACAGCGCCGAGGACCUAGCCGAGACCUUCCUUUACCCGGUCACCCACAUGUGGAGCUCAGGUCAAAAUGGAAGUGCACCCUCCAUCUGGAAAGACGCCAAUAUGGUCUGGAUGCCGAAGCCCAAUAAGGAUCCCAGCCUGUUAGCCAAUCUUAGACCCAUUGGGUUGGUACACCCCAUGGGCAAAUCCAUCUGCACCCUGCUUAGGUCCCGACUGCUGCCCGUCCUCACACAGGCAUUGAUUACACGACCGCAGUUUGCGUAUGCCAAAGGCAGAUCCACUUUGGACGCCUUGUUGCGAGCACAUGGGCACCUCACUCGGACACGCCAGGAGAUCGAAGCUCAGCGCACAUCCAUUUAUGCAAGACAUUCAGGCCAGGAGCCCAAAUCUUGCUUUGGAGGCAUCUGCUUCAGCUUAGAUCUCAAAGGUGCUUUUGAUGCGGUUCCGAGGCACAGAUUGGCCGAGAGUCUGUCCAGACUGCAGGUGGAGCCAGAUCUAGUACAUCUCAUCAUGCAACAACAGCACCAGUCACAGUAUUGGACAAGGAUCGGAGCCGAUACCCGGCCCGUAAUGCCCACCCAAGGCAUAAAGCAAGGUUGCAACAUCGCGCCCUAUUUGUUCAUUGCGUGUACCAUCCUGCUCAUUGAUAAAAUCUGUGAGAGCACACCAGACCGAUGGACUGAGGAUGGACUCACCUGGUACGCGGACGAUGCCUUCGCCACCUGGACGAUCCAAGAUGCUGCAAGCCUUCGCCAGGCGCUAGGGGACAUCCAGCUUAUUAUUGCAGUCCUUGAGGAACACGGCAUGGCGAUCGAACCAAGCAAAUGCGCUGUACUGUACAACCUGCAAGGCAAUGAAGUCAAGAAAAUCCUCAGGCAUGCUAAGGUGAGACGCCAAGAGCAAACAUACCUUCUGGCCCGGGAGUCUCCUGAAACAUUGGUGCCGAUCAAGAAACAACAUGAAUACCUAGGCACGAUCCUGGCCUACAGGGACCCACAGACGAGGCUUGUCACACGCAAACACCGUUAUCGCAUAUGGAAGGCAGGCGUCCAGGCCAGCGCAUGCUACGGGUUGCUAGCCACCGGCCUCACCGUCACAGGCCGUACACAACUUCUCGCCAUGUCGGCGAGGCAGCUUCGCUCUAUAGCAGGUCGCCCAGCACAUCUAACGCACGAAUCCAAUGCUGAGAUUAGGAACCUGUUCGACUGUGUCGAGUGGACCGAAGAUCUGCUCACGUUGGCUAAGAACCGGCUCGCCGAACUUCGCACACUGCAGGAGACACAACCUGAGAACAUUGUUACCAGGCCCCAGGCACUGCAACAGCUGACACAUGCCAUGGAAACCUUCCAGCAGGUGAUUCCGAUCGAGCGGCCCAAGCAGGACCGACAGUUCGAAGAUAUCUGCCGUGUGCGGCCAGAAAUCAAGUUCGACCCGGCCGAACAUGCCAUUGGAGGCCUGCCGCAGUGUGCCGGAUGCAAGCACAAGUUCCAGAGUUGGCAGGCGCUUAAGACCCACAUUGAAAAAGGUCAAUGCCACCAGCAGGGAGAGGACAACCCGGAGCCGAGCACCGGCCCUGCACAGACUACAGCCCCCCCUCCGGUAAACCUCACCCCGGCAGCCCAGGCCACAGAGGAGCAGCCACGAUUGCCACCGCAUCGAAAUCUUAAAGUCGCGGACUUGAUUCGUGACCAAGGGUGGGAAGCCCUGGUGAACAGCGAGCAUGCAGAGGACUUAAAACAGCACUGCUGCAUUUGUGCCAGAUGGAUGGUUGACACAACGUCCAUCAAACGACACAUGCGAUACUCCCAUCCUGAAAUUUGGAAGCAGGUCUCGGAGCGGCUCGAAAGCACCUGCUCUGUCUUCAAGCCCCGGCUCACGCGAGAUGGUAUCUGCCCGUACUGCCAACGCACCUCCUACAAUCGUCACUUUAAGCAGUGCUGUGUCAUAGAACAGAUCCAGAUGUUCGGCUACCUGCUGCCGGGUCUGAGCGAGUCCAACAAGCGACCUCCAGCAACGCCGCAACAGCAGAACAACAAGGGAGACGAGUCCGGCAAAGGCGGGGGCAAGAGACGACGCACACGCCGAGGACAGGGGGGACAGGGGAGCCGAAACUCGGCCCCAGCGGAGGCACUGACGAAGGACGGCGGCAGGCUCCUCAAUCUGAUCUCGCGCAUCCUGCUCCAGCACGAGGACAGCAUCAACGCCGCAAAGAUGGAUCGGGGCUUCACGGUCUUCAUGGCCCAGACGGGACCGGCAGGACUACUCACCAGCCUCUACAAUGCAAGUAUCGCUUGGAAUCAGGUCAAGGACAACGAGCCGGCGAAGAUCACGAAACCGCUACGGAUCACACUGCUAACCAUGAUGAUCGCGGAGCUCAAGGUACGCCUCCAGAAUCUGGAAAAGAAGCAAGAAGCCAAGCAACUGGCCAUCAGUGCAGGAUGGCUCGACCAGCAAGACCGGCUUCUGUACCAAAAGUGGGACGCAGAGAAUGCAAAGCUGGUACCUCAUUCCACGAUGCCGGGCCUCGUGACGACAGAAGUGAUGCAAACCUUGACGGAGAUCGAGCCGCUCAUCCUGGAAUCCUUGGUGCUGCGAUUCCAUGCGCCGCGAAAGAUCAAGCCCACACCGGAGACGGAGAACAAUUCGGUUUUCAAGUUGGAGGUUUCUCUCAGAAGCACAGAAGCGGAUCAACUUUACCAGAGCCUCGCGAAGCUGGAGAACAAUGCAGUAUGGCAGCUCAUAGGGUGCCAGCUCAGAAAGGACGGAAUGCGCCGAUCCAACCCAGUGCAAGAGCUGAUGAAGCUGCUCACCCAGGAAGGCCGGCCACUAAUCAUGUACAACACUUGA